GACUGCGCAGUUUGACGUUUGUCGACGUCCACUUGUAUCAACUGUCAAAUUGUAAAAAAAUCAACAUAUGAGGUGAAAACACGUAGUAAAACCAAUAUUUUCAAAUUGUCCCAUAUUUUUGUCUAGUAUAUCAUGUGUUCAGUGUAAUUAAGAGAAACAAAAAGCCAUGAGGUCCCUAGGGAUAUCACUUUUGAGUCUCACCUUAACCACAGUUGUGAUAGCAAAUGCAUACUAUCAGAAAAAACAGUUUUAUCCCUCGGUUGUAUAUAUAACAAAAUCAAACCCUAGUAUGGCUGUUAUAUAUAUUCAGGCGUUUAUAUGCGUCUUGAUCGUGGGAAAAAUAAUGAGGAAAAUCUUCUUUGGCCAGCUGAGGUCAGCUGAGUUUGAGCAUUUGAUGGAACGGUCAUGGUAUGCUAUAACAGAAACCUGUCUAGCAUUUACCGUGUUUAGGGAUGAUUUUAACCCUAAGUUUGUAGCAUUAUUCACCUUACUUCUCUUUCUUAAGUCUUUUCAUUGGUUAGCGGAAGACAGGGUGGAUUAUAUGGAAAGGAGCCCUGUUAUUAGUCUCCUCUUUCACAUAAGAGUCCUCAGUCUUUUACUCCUGCUAGGGUCACUAGACUUACACUUCAUCCAACACGCGUAUCAAUCGACGGUAUCAAAGGGGGCGUCCGUGCAGCUAGUAUUCGGCUUCGAGUACGCCAUCCUCCUCACCGUCGUCAUAAACAUCGCCAUAAAAUACGCGUUACACUCAGUGGACCUGAACAGCGAAACCCCUUGGGACAACAAAGCUGUAUUCUUACUAUACACAGAAUUAAUAAUGGGUUUCAUAAAAGUCAUCCUUUACGUCGCUUUCGUUGCCAUAAUGGUCAGAAUCUACACUCUGCCCCUAUUCGCGUUUCGACCAAUGUACUAUACAAUACGCAACUUCAAAAAAGCCUUCAGUGACGUCAUCCUGUCACGUCGCGCCAUUCACAACAUGAACACGUUGUACCCUGACGCAACCCCUGAAGAAUUGCAGGCAGCUGAUAACGUGUGCAUUAUAUGUCGCGAGGAAAUGACAACAGCAUCAAAGAAACUCCCCUGUAACCACAUUUUCCACACUUCUUGUCUUCGGUCGUGGUUCCAGCGACAGCAGACGUGUCCAACUUGCCGUUUGAAUAUUCUGCGAACACCUACCACUAACAAUAACGAGCCCAGACCUGACCAGAGGCACCGACAAGUGCCGAUUAACCCUCAGAAUCCGUUCUUUAAUCCCUUUGGAGGGCCCAAUCCGUUUCAGAUGUUUGGGCAGAAUAACCAACAGCAGCCUCAAGCUCCACCACAGCCGCCUGCGGCUGGAGCAGCUCCCGCUCAAGCCGGCACGACCCCCCAACAGCCUACUCCUACCAUUCCUCCGCUGGUUUUCCCACCGUUUCCUUUCAUGCCUUUCAUGGCACCGCCGCCCAUGCCGCCACCGAACUUAAGGUCGCUGUCGCCAGAGGAGCUGAGGAGGAUGGAGGGGAAUGAACGCCAGAAUGUGGAGGCGAGGAUACAAUGUUUGCGGAAUAUUCAGAUUAUGCUGGAUGCCGCUGUGGUGAUGAUGCAGCAGUACAGCGCAGCCGCAGCAAUGUCCAUGCAAACGCCCCAAAAUGAGCCUCAGCCAGGCCCCUCAACCUCUGGUGGUAGUUCUCCUACCUGCAAUGGAGCCGCUCCAAAAUCGCCAAUAAAUCUGCCAACUAGUUCAGUGAUUAAUAAUAACACUGAAAGUGACUCUGUAGCUAGUGCUAGUACGUCAAAUGAGAAUACGACUUCGACAACAACGGAACCACCAGUUGCUUUAUCUUCGGAAGAAGAAUUGAGGAGACGCAGAUUACAAAGAUUCCAACAAACGACGGAACAAUAAUGAUUUUUAUUUUUGGCUGAUUUUAUUCCAUAUUGAUUAUAUUUUGGGUAAUCAAUCUUUUAUAUUAAGUCACGAGAAGGGCUGUCCCGUGUUUAGAAAAAAAUCGGUAGUUUUAGUGUCAAGGCUUGUGCUAUUAUUUAUCCCAUUCGUUUAUGACCUACCUAACAUCCAAUAAAAUUAUCACGUAUGAAAUGGCCCUUAUUCCGUUGUAAAUACAUAUUUAAAUGAUUAAUUUUAAUUUUCGUGUAGGAGUUAUCAUAUUAUCUAAUAUAUUAAUUAUUGUUAUGUAUUUUAAAAUUUAUGAUGGUCCUAUUAUUAUUAUUAUUAUUUAAAGACUGGAGUGUUUGGUGACGAGAGGUGUCGCCGUUAACAUGAAUGUUAUUACGUAUUUCACUUUACACUAGUAAUUUAAUUUGUUAAAUAAACUGUAUUGUGGACGG